ACACUUCACAAAAGGUCAGCAUGUUGAGGUUAAUCUAAUCUCUGGUUCUCAGAAAGCAGGUGGUGUGACAGAAAAUGCAUACUUCCUAAGUCCCAUUGAAAAACACAAUUAGUGAAAUUUGUAAUAAAACAGUUGUAUUAUAGGAAAUGUUCAGUGGAUAAUUUUGUUUCAGCUGAUGAAAAUAAAUUUAGUUAUGCUAUUUAUGUCAGAGCUUCAAUAUUUACUUUUCUUUUUUCAAUCUCCAGUGUCCACUGCUAAAUCUUUACUUUUCUCUACUCCAACUGGAAUCAAACCACUCCAGCAAGUUAAAAGCUUUCCAAAGAACAGGUUAAAAAAAGAAGCCAGUCAUGAUAACACAAAUCUUGAGGAGCACUGUACUAAGCAGACUGCAGCUCUUUUGUUGCAGUCUGUGGAUAUUAGCUGCCCAUCAACUCCUACAAAAAUGAAGAUGAAAAGCCAACAGCAAAUGGAACAAAUGUUUUCUAAGUUCCUGCUUUCUGAUGUGGGGAAAAAGCAAGGGGAACCAUUGAAAUCUCAGCAGGUGGCGCGUUCUUCAGCUCCUCUUCACCAGAAGGAAUCAGAUAAAAGAAGGAAGCAUGAAAUGUGUCUUCAUUGUCUGAAUCAUUUGUAUUAUUUUUCCCUUAUUAAAAUGGCACUGUCCAAGAGGCUCCUAAAGCAAAGUGGUCAGUUUUCAGAUAUCAGGAAAGGGCAAAGUGUCCAUGAUCUGAUGGAGUAUUUGUUUCCAAAUGGUCAUGAACAGUCUAGACUGAAAUGCAAUAAGAUGCUAAUAGAAGAAAACACAGUUCCAUGUUUAAUUCAUGCAAAGCAGCAAGAAAUGCAUCAGAAAGACUUUCCCAAAAUGCUCAGUAUUCCAAAAGAAAAGAAAAAGUUGUUGAAGCAAGAGAAACAUAACUUUUAUUUUGCCCAACAGGUUGAAGAUGAGAAAUCAUCUGCUGUUGGUGAGAAGGGCAUUACUGCUAUGCCUUUAUCUUUGGAAGAUGUAGCCUUUUACCAUCCAGUAAUAGAACCCAAGCAAAUAGGCAAAUAUUGGACAAACUACACUGGCAAAAAUUCCUUCAACCAUGAAAUAUAUUAACUAAAUAUAUGGUUCUGUGAAAAUAUGCUGUGAAUACUUCGAUCAACAUUAUUUAUGACUGUAUGUGUACUGUAUCCUUCUCAUGCCACUCAUUCAUUGUAAUUCUCUAAAUAUUACUUUUUGAUACACGUUUGUUCUUACUAAUUGUGAACAGUUACACAUUUUUAAUUGUUCUGUUGCUCUCAUGGUAUUG